UACGUACUGUCAAGGCGGCACCCACAGCUACUUCCUUCCUCUCUGGGCAAGAUGGCGGGUGGCGAGGCCGGAGUGACUCUGGGGCAGCCGCACCUUUCUCGCCAGGAUCUUGCCACCUUGGAUGUUACAAAAUUGACACCACUUUCACAUGAAGUUAUCAGCAGACAAGCCACAAUUAAUAUAGGUACAAUCGGUCAUGUAGCUCAUGGGAAGUCCACAGUUGUAAAAGCCAUUUCUGGUGUUCACACAGUCAGGUUCAAAAAUGAAUUAGAAAGAAACAUUACAAUCAAGCUGGGAUAUGCUAAUGCUAAGAUUUAUAAACUUGAUGACCCAAGUUGUCCUCGGCCAGAAUGUUACAAGUCAUGUGGAAGUGGUACACCCGAUGAGUUUCCUACAGACAUUCCAGGGACUAAAGGAAACUUCAAAUUAGUCAGACAUGUCUCCUUUGUUGACUGUCCUGGCCAUGAUAUUUUGAUGGCCACUAUGCUGAACGGUGCAGCAGUGAUGGAUGCAGCUCUUCUGUUGAUAGCUGGUAAUGAGUCGUGCCCUCAGCCACAGACUUCUGAACAUCUGGCAGCCAUAGAAAUCAUGAAGCUGAAGCAUAUUUUGAUUUUACAGAAUAAAAUUGAUUUGGUGAAAGAAAGUCAAGCUAAAGAACAAUAUGAACAGAUUCUUGCAUUUGUACAAGGCACUGUAGCAGAAGGCGCUCCCAUUAUUCCAAUUUCUGCUCAGCUGAAAUACAAUAUUGAAGUUGUCUGUGAGUACAUAGUAAAGAAGAUACCAGUACCCCCAAGAGACUUUACUUCAGAACCUCGGCUUAUUGUAAUUAGAUCAUUUGAUGUCAACAAACCUGGCUGUGAAGUUGAUGAUCUUAAGGGUGGUGUAGCUGGUGGUAGUAUUCUAAAAGGAGUAUUAAAGGUGGGCCAGGAGAUAGAAGUGAGACCUGGUAUUGUUUCCAAAGAUAGUGAAGGAAAACUCAUGUGUAAACCUAUCUUUUCCAAAAUUGUAUCACUUUUUGCAGAACAUAAUGAUCUUCAGUAUGCUGCUCCAGGGGGUCUUAUAGGAGUUGGAACAAAAAUUGAUCCCACUUUGUGCCGAGCUGACAGAAUGGUGGGACAGGUUCUUGGUGCAGUUGGGGCUUUACCUGAGAUAUUCACAGAAUUGGAAAUAUCCUAUUUCCUACUUAGACGGCUCCUAGGUGUCCGCACUGAAGGAGAUAAGAAAGCAGCAAAAGUACAAAAGCUAUCAAAGAAUGAAGUGCUUAUGGUCAACAUAGGAUCCCUGUCAACAGGAGGGAGAGUUAGUGCUGUCAAGGCUGAUUUGGGUAAAAUUGUUUUGACUAAUCCUGUGUGCACAGAAGUAGGAGAAAAAAUUGCCCUUAGUCGAAGGGUUGAGAAACACUGGCGUUUAAUUGGUUGGGGUCAAAUAAGAAGAGGAGUGACAAUCAAGCCAACUGUGGAUGAUGACUGAAGAAUCCCAGCUAACUAAGUCAUUUGGAUGGGGUUGAAAUUUGUCUUAACAAUGUAGGGUAUAUUUUCAAAGCAAUACUAGGGAAUUAAUUUCACAGCCCAUUACCUUUGUAGGUAACUAAGGUUUUUCUCAUUUUUUGGCAUCAACAAUUUAAUCUCUAGUACUAACAAUAUGGGAUAUACAACAAAUGUCAAAAAAAACUCUAUUGCUGGAUUGAAACUACAUUUUAGCUGAACAUUCCCAAGUGUCUAAAUCAAUGCAAGUUUAAAAUGAAACUUUGCUACCAGCCUUCAUUGUAGCUCAUAUACCAAUGAACUUGUC